GAAGCUGCAGAAGCAUGUAUGCACUGCAUGGGAGAAGACUAUACAGGCACGGUCUCCACCACAGUACAUGGAUAUACCUGCCAACACUGGAGCGCUCAGACACCCCACCAACAUAAUUUUGAUCCUUUACUCGUACCUGGAAUGAACUUGGAGGAGAACUAUUGUAGGAACCCUGAUGGAGAAUUGGGGCCCUGGUGUUAUACCACAAGUCCAUCCAUACGUUGGGGAUACUGCUCUGUUCCUCAAUGCAUAACUGAACCGCCCGCAAUUGUACCAGAGCACACCUGUUUUACCGGAGAUGGACACCUUUACAGGGGGAAUAUUUCUGUGACAAAAUCUGGCCUAACUUGCCAGAGUUGGGUGUCUCAAACUCCCCACACACAUGACAGAACUCCACAGAUCUACAAGUGCAGAGGUCUUGAAGAGAACAACUUCUGCAGGAACCCUGAUAAAACGGAUGCACUAUGGUGUUACACCACACACCCUGGAAUGCGCUGGGAAUACUGCGACGUUCCCAUCUGUGUUGAUCCACCUAUACCUG